AUGUCCUCGUUCUCGAGCAGCGACGAAUUCGAUUUCAGCAAGUGGGACUUCCCCGCGGAGCGCAUCUGGCUGCACAAGUCCGACGGGGAGAUCACCUGGAAGAUCUGCACCUUCCUGCCGCUGAUUGCCUUCGGGCUGUACGGGAACUUCACCAUGGUCUACCUGAUAGCCGCCAACCGCUCCCUGCGCUCGCCCACCAACCUGAUCAUCGCCAACAUGGCCGUGGCGGACCUGCUGACGCUGGCCAUCUGCCCGGCCAUGUUCAUGGUGAACGACUUCUACCAGAACUACCAGCUGGGCUGCGUGGGCUGCAAGCUGGAGGGCUUCCUGGUGGUGGUGUUCCUCAUCGCCGCCGUGCUCAACCUCUCGGUGGUCAGCUACGACCGCCUCACGGCCAUCGUGCUGCCGCGGGAGACGCGGCUGACGGUGCGCGGAGCCCAGGUGGUGGUGGUCUGCACCUGGGUGCUGGGCAUCCUGCUGGCCUCUCCCCUGGCCCUCUACCGGGUCUAUAGGGUGCGCGUGUGGAAGAACUUCACGGAGCGGUACUGCAAGGAGAACACCGUGGUGCUGCCCAAGUACUGGUAUGUGCUGAUCACCAUUCUGGUGUGGCUGCCGCUGGGCAUCAUGCUCAUCUGCUACGCUGGCAUUUUUUACAAGCUCGAUCGGUACGAGAAACGGGUCCUGAGUCGCGAGAAUCCCCUGUCAGUCAGCUACAAGCGCUGCGUGGCCAAGACCCUGUUCAUCGUGGUCGUGGUUUUCGCCGUUCUCCGGCUGCCCUUCACCAUCCUGGUGGUCCUGCGGGAGAAGUACUUCGACGAGGACGUCUCCGUCAGCAGCGGAAUGCAACUCUUCUGGUACAUCUCGCAGUACCUCAUGUUCCUCAACGCCGCCGUCAACCCGCUCAUCUACGGAUUCAACAACGAGAACUUCCGAAGGGCCUACUACCAAAUCUCCUGGGUUCAACGGUGCAGAAACGCAGCCAAGAUGACGAAGGAAUCCAAGACACCGAGUCACUGCUGCUACUGUGCCUUUAUGAAGAAGGGACAGCCGAAGGCAGAAGAGCCGGAGCGGCCAGGAAACGUUGGGGAGGACGUUGGCAAGACUUUAUCCACAGGGGAGCCAACGGCCAAGUCAACCGAGAGAGCUCGAGAUGAUCGGGCAGAGCAACUUGUUUCGGAAAUCGAGGCAGAAGGGUUUAUAUGA